AUGUGGUUCUGGCAUUCCAAGAAUAACAGAGUCGAACAAUUGGAUGAAUUCACAUGUGAAUGCGAUGCAGAGGAUUUGCUUGAAAAGGGAAACUACACGCUGACAGUAGAGCUCAGAAAUAUGCAAGUUCGACUCGUAGAGCCGUUCCGAGAUGCCAUCGCGUUUGUUGCAAGUGAGAAAACGCAUCUUCUCGACUUAAUCAAGUUUGUCACGCUUCGUGACAUUCGAUCUACCUACCCAUUGCUUUUGAAUUAUACCGAAUUCUACACAAAUUUCGACGAUCUGAUUGGAACAUUCAGAAAUAUUCUUACAACUGAAAAUGCAAUCUCACUUUCUGGUAUCAAAUAUGAAGUCACCACUGCUGUUCAAAAAUUUUUGAGCGCUCUUCUUCCUGAUAUGUUUUUAUGUUUGUCAGUUGGAAAGUGUCGGACUGUGCCGCUAGAGUACCAUAACUGCAUGAUGACUAGCACCGAGCAUUGGUCUGAAUACAUUGGAAACACUCCGAACAAAAUGGCGAUGACAAUUGCCGAUGCAAUCUACCGGUAUCGAAAAGUGGAGUUUGUUCUGGUUGAUAUGCAUAAACAACUAAUGAAUGCACAUUCUUUAACAGUGACUGACGGAUGUCUCACAGAAUACGUGACCACUCUUCCAUGCAAUUGCACAAUGCUUGGAAUUGUUCGAUGCCACACAUCAUGCUCAGAUUCUAUGGAAACUUGUUUUGGAAAGUAUUCUCGUGAAUGGGCAGCAAAAUUGCAUUUGAUGAAAAAUAUGACGAGCACGAAGAAGUCAUUUUUAGAAGAAUUUUUGACGCUCAAAAAGACCAUCUUCUCCGUCAUACGACUUUUCAUCGAACGAAAAUCGUUUUUGUACGCCGAACAGGUGUUCAAAUCUUGUGGACCGCUAGGAGAGAUGAUAAUUCACCCAUCAAAACAUGUCGCUCAAAUCCACUCGCCUGGACCGUUCGUUUCCCGAGCAGACAAUGCCGUGAGAGAGCUUCAACUUUCGGCAAAGUCGUGGGACCGGUUUGGAAGAAAAAUUUGUGAUCAUACAGGCGUUGUUCUGCAUCCAGGAUAUUGCUUUGAUGGAACCAAAGUAAUUAAAAUUCAACAUGAACUGGCACCGAUUACCAAAGAUGUCCGACCGAAGUCAAUGAUGGACUGGAUCGAGAAAAAGAAUGAGAAGAAAAUUGCUGUAGAAGGGUCGGCUAGUCCGUUGUGGGAUGAUGAGGACUCUGAUGGAUUUGAAGGAUCGGGAUCUGGAAUGCCACCAAAUAUUAUUAACAGAAAUCCAGUGAAGGCUGUAAUUCAACAAGAUCAUCCUAAAAAUAUUGAUCUUUCAACAAACCCGAAAGGACCAUCAGUUAUUGUCACAGAGCAAGGAGUGCAACCAGAUGGCUCAUCGACUCUCACUAUCUUCACUUCUCUUAUCUUUAUUGCAAUUAUCAGGCUCUUCUGA